AUAAGUGGUGAUUGUUUAUUGCUUGUUAUUGUGUAGAUUGCAACCGACUGAAAUUCUGUUUAUAAUAUUGGCAUGCAGGGAAAUAUGGUUGGUGAAAUGAAGUUGAUGAUUGCGGAGGAACAAAAAUUCCAAGGGAAAGCAUUGUCGUUAUCCCAUACGAAGACGGCAAUCACUACGAUAAAGGAGAAAUUCACUGAACAGCAGCUGCAACUGUUUGAACAGAGUUGUUUUGGUCAUCUCCUAGGGAUUGAGGACCUCAAGUGGACUUCUCCGAUUGUCCACGGGUUGCUGCUCAGGAAAGCUGAUCCCAAGACAGUUUCCCAACUGAACGGGAUCAAAUUCAUUGUUGGCAAGAAGGUCAUCCAAUUCACGGCGCAGCAAUUUUGCAUCGUGACAGGGCUAAGGUUUGGAAACCUUCCCUUGAUUCCGAUUCCCACGAAUGAGAACUGCUCAUUGAAACGGAAGUACUUUGCCAACGAUAAAGCUGUGAACCUGUUGGAAUUAGAAAAGGCCUUCCUCGAAUGCGAUGAUGUGGACGAUGUAUUCAAGCUUGGAUUCGUAUACUUUGCUGUCUUUGUGCUGUUGGGCAGCGAAAAACAUGUCCACAUUGACAUGCGAUAUUUGAAGUUGGCGGAAGACCUUGAAGACUUUGGGAAGUAUCCAUGGGGUGCUGUGUCUUAUGCGAAGACAAAUGCGUCACUGCUGAGGGCACUUUGUGCAGAUUACCAGCGAGUGAAAGUGCCCACAAAAACUGCCAAAACAAAAAAAUCUGGAAAGAAACCAACAACAACGGCAACCGGUAGACCAAGAGAGUACCACCUCAAAGGUUUUCCGUAUGCACUUCAGAUUUGGGCGUAUGAGGUGUUUCCAGCGUUGGCUGCACUACAUUUGGUGGUGCACGAAGAAAAUGCGCACAUCCCUCGUUUACUACAUUGGAGGAGCAAUAGUUCGCCGCGUUUUUAUGAGCUAAUGAGCCAAGUAUUCGAGAACCGUGAGGUUGAUGUGCAGCUUCUUCGGCCAUCUGUGAUGGACAAGCAGCAGCCGUAUUGGACUUGGGGUGACAGUGCUGACGACAGUGAAGAACUUGUUGACUUGUUGGGCGAUGACGCUGAACAACAAACCGGCACUUCUGCCUCUGUAGAAGAAAAAGAGAAGGACAUUGACGAUACUGCAAACCUUCCGUCGUCUUCUAAGGGUACAGUCGCGUCCAGAGAGUUACGCACUUUGAAGCGUGACUUUCAAAGGACAAAGGAUGAAUUGGCCAAAGUUUCCCUAUCAAAUCGAGCACUUUGCGACAGAGUGCAUCAGUUGGAAGACAAGGUACGGAAGGAGUCAAUGAAAGCUGAAAAAGAGUUCGAAAAAAAUACAAAGUGUGUGGAGGAUUUCCGCAACACCCUGUCUUCAAUGGAGCAUUAUUUUAAGUUGGAGAUAGAGCAGCUGAAAAAACAAAAUGGUGGGGUGAAUGAAGCUGCGGAAGGACAUGAGGACCUCGGUAGUCCUCAUAUGAAUGAAGGAGGCAACAAUGACUUGUCGCCAUUACAUGCCUAUGUAAGUCCGCCGACAGAACCGGCAGUAAUGGAAACACAAGUCCCCGGUGAUGGAGCCGAACCUUCCGCAGGCAUGGUAGUUGAAGAGGCAAAAAUGGCCGCUUCAGUUCCUCACUCAGAAGUGCAUGAAGUAGCUGACCCGGCAGAAUCCGAUGAGCUGCCUACCCCGGAAGAUGUUGCUGGGUGUGACGAAAUCUGCCAAAGAGUCAUGAAGCUGUUAGAAGAUUGGAAAAUCACUAAGAGUAUGCCAUCGGGAGGUUUGAUGAAUCCUCCAAGUCUACCCACAGUUACUAUGGCUGGUGAUGAAGAAGGUAGUUCAAGUGUUGAAAACAAAGAAGUGGAAGGUAAAGGGUGCAGACAGAAGCGCCCGGCGCAGACAUUGUUGAGCCCAUUUACAGAUCCUUUGAGGAAGAAGAGGACGAUGACUGUGUCGGCUGCGACUGCAACCCCGCCAUGUUUUGAUCCAUCCAAAUCCUUGCCCAUUGAAGAUGUGAAGGCAGUAAUACAGUUUUGCAGUGCCUGGAAAAGCGAUAUCAGUGCGGAGGUGCAGCUGGAAUCAUUUUCAGUGGGCGCUGAUUUUUUCUACAGACUUGUCGAUGAAACCGAAUGGAUGAGCUCAAGGCACCUGGACAUGGCAACCUUUCUUAUCCGCAAAAGGCAACUAUCUCAUCCGUUGGUUUUUGGAACGGACUGGACAACGGCAGAUUGUUGCUUGCAGCAAUUUCUAGAGCCGUUCAAACCGACGGCCAGGAAACGUGGAUCGAAGAAGGCUGCUAGUUCAAACACCGUUGACCUUCCAGCCAGCAAGGUGAAGAAUUUACAUCACUUUGUGCGUGGUACGUGGCAACACGGCUAUGCCCAAGCUUGGACAAAAGUCCGGAAGGUGUAUUUUCCAUAUAAUCUGAAAGGGUCUCAUUGGGUUGCAAUCGAACUUGAUUUCGUAAGACAUACUGCAACCGUGUAUGACUCCUAUAUUGAUUAUACGAAACGUUCAAAGCUGGUUACGCUUCUGCACCCUAUUAGCGAUACGCUGGCACGAGUGCUGUUCGAUAUGCACUUUUAUGAUGCUUCUGAGGUUGAAGAGGUGAAGCAAAAGGGGCUGACGAUGUCGAUGUAUACGCCAUUCUCAGUGUGCAGCAUUGCAGAUGUGCCACAACAACGAGAUGGUGCGUCUUGCGGAAUCUUGACCGUCAAAAUCAUCGAGCAUCUCAGUGCUGGGAUGUCGGUAGAUAAAGUUGACCCUUUGAAGAUCAAAUAUUACCGACUCAAGCUUGCAAUUGAGGGUUUAAGGGGGGAGGCAUAUUUAUGAGGUCGGUCUCAACCAAGGGUUGAUUGCAAUAUUCCAACCAAGAUGACCAUACACUGUUAUUUGAUGGUCUGCGGGAAUGGAUAUUCAAAAGUACAUAAAGGUUGAGAAGGUUCCUGGUGGCCAGUUGGAAGAUUCAGUGGUUCGCAAAGGAGUAAUGAUUAACAAAGAUGUUAUUGCACCUGGAAAAAUGAGAAGAAAGAUUUUCAACCAACGCAUCAUUCUUCUUGAUUGGCCGCUCGAAUAUAAGAAAGGCGAGAACCAAACAAAUGCUGAGUUGCUUAAAGAAGAAGAUUGGGGAGUCCUGCUACAAUUGGAAGAAGAAUACAUCGAGAGGCUAUGUGUGCAAAUAUUGAAGUUUAAACCAGAUGUGGUUAUCACAGAAUAUGAUGCAUCAUUAUUAUUUUGGUCAGAAUAUGAUGCAUCAUUUAGAUCCUAACCACAAUUUUUUUUCCAUAGCAUGCAAAUGGUGAAAAAUCAUGGAUUGGCUUUGAUGGUAACACUGGUGUGAUAACUGAUGUGAAAGAGAAAAAGAUAGAUAUGGGAUGCCUACAACGUGAAGGGCCAGAGUUUUAAAACGGCCAUAGAAGCUGCUUGCCUACUUCUCAGAAUCGAUGACAUUGUUAGUGGGAUGAAGAAGAAGCAGCCUCCUGGUGCCAAAGCUCCUUCCAAGCCUCAAGUUGAGACAGAAGGCGAUGCAGAUAAUGAGCAAAUAAUUCCGGAGUGCUUAUGGAGAGCACGUGGUUAUCUCAGUUUGAAUGAAGUUUUGCUUUAAAGAAGAAAAAAAGGAGCAUUAUAAGUUUGAUGAGGAUAUUUUUUAGGUUUGUAAUGUCACCUUAACUUGGUAGUGUGUGUUUUGUCCCUCUUCUUUCUUUCUCAAUCGACGAGGGGUUGGAAAGAAGAGAAGUCUUCUUAUUGGAGAAUGCUAAUGUUAGUUUCACAUGUCAUCUGUGUAUCGAACACAAUUUCUUUGUUCAACUUCGUGGAUUGGCACAGUGGAGCUUAUUUCUACCAUUCUUCUGAAUGAUUGUUAA